AUGCCUGGCUGCCCAGCGGUGCUCUGUUCGUCACUGCUGCCCCACCAACAUCUUGAAAGCUUCCUCGUCCAACCCCUCCACGAUCGUACACUUACCUCCCUCACCAAUACUGAGCACGGUCAAUUAGAAAAAGAAAGAAAAAACCACCCACCACAAUGUCUGCGCAAGUUCCCACCAACUUUGACGCCCAAGAGGCUGACAACCUCGAGGAUAUUGAGAAGCAAUUCGCCGUCAAGGAACGUUCCUGUAGUUGUUCAGCACAUGGAAACCUACUGGAAGAUCCUUGAGAAGGUCAAGGGCUCCACGCUGCGCCUGACCAAGAUCGAUGACGAGAUCUACGAGCACCUGAAGACCGACUUCCCCGAGUUCGACCCCGCCGCGACCAUCAACGAGGACGAGAUGAAGAGCAAGUCCGGCAAGGAACGGUGGCGCAAGUUCAUGAUGGCCUACGAGAAGAAGGUCGACGAUUACAACUUUGGCACCAUGGUCCGCGCCAGCCCCAAGUUCGAAUACGGCCAGAACGAGGUCAUUUUCGCGCCCCGCAUGCAGUUCUACGCCAUCGAGAUUGCGAGAAACCGCAACGGUCUGAACGACUGGAUCUACGAGAAGGCCCAGGCCGCCAAGUCUAGCUAA